AUGAACUGUAAACACCAAGUUGCAGCUAUUUUUUACCGAUCUAUCACCGCGUUGGCGCGAGCUGAACUACGGACGGGGAUAAAUCCCGGCGCGGACGGAGCGUUUAUCAAAGUGAGUAAUUUGGCGAAGCUCGACGCUGGAGCUCAGCCGGCGGCUGGCUGUAGCUACUCAAGAACAUGUCUUCUUGUGUCGGAGGAGAACUGUUGGUAUUAUUGUGCACUCCUCACGAGU